CUCCGUCUGCCGGAUGUUGCACAGAGGACAUCUGAAGCUACUUGAACGUCUUUAAAACCUGAUGAUUUUAUGCUAAAUUAACUUCAUAAGAAGGGAGAUAUGUUGUGUUAACGCGCCUUACUGUAAGUAAACGUUACAUUUAGAUAUUAAAACGUAAAAACGUCAGCAUCAGCAUCAGUGGAGCAUGGCGGCUGUUGACAGCUUUCAGUUUCUGUACAGAGAAGUUUCUCGGUCAUGCAGCUUUUACUUUGACACCCUGGCCUUGGUCGGGGCUCUUUACACAGCCAGCAAGGUGAUCGUCCUGCUGAGAGACUGCUGCGUGCUGGUUAGGGUGCAUUUCCUCCCGAGAAUGAUCCCCACCAAGAAGCUGACCCAGAGAUAUGGAGACUGGGCUGUUGUUUAUGGUGCAUCAGAGCCUGUAGCCACAGCGUAUGCAGAGGAGCUGGCCCGGCACGGUAUCAGCAUCAUCUUUGUCACUCGGGACCACACCUCGGUCAGAGACACUGCUGCGUCCCUCUCCCAAAGCUACGGAGUGGAAACCGUCGUCAUCCUGGCCGACUUCUCUCUGGAUCAGGCGGCCAGCAAGUCCAUCACCGAAGCCAUGCAGGGGAAAGAUAUCGGCUUCCUGGUGAACUGCCUGGACGAGUCUCUGGCUCUCCCGCAGAGCCUGACUGAAAUACCGGAGAAGGGCCUGUUGGACUUGGUGAAUAAGAACAUCGCAGUAGCUACUCUGAUGACUCGGUUGGUGCUGCCGGGGAUGUUGGAGCGAAGCAGAGGAGCUGUGGUCAAUAUAUCAUCGGGUUCUUGCUGCAGACCCUUCCCCGGAACAGUGGCACUCACCGCCUCCACUGGCUACAUGGAUCAUUUCUCAAGAGCGCUUCACUUCGAGUACAGCAGCAGAGGGAUCUUCGUACAGAGCCUAAUGCCUUUCCAGAUUGCCAAGAGUGAGUUAGAGCCAUCAUCAUCAACAACAACAACAACAUCGUCAACACACAGCUGGUUUGUUCCAAAGCCGGACGUUUAUGCUCGCCACGCCGUCUCCACCCUGGGCGUCUCCAAUCGGACCACGGGCUACUGGCCUCAUACACUCCAGCUCGGACUCAUGAGGUGUAUCCCAGAGGGGAUUUGGGUCCUCGGAUCUCGUGUGUUCAUCAAUCUAAGCUAAGAGCUCAUCCCUCCUCCCCUCAGCGUACACUAAAUGGAUCUUCUUGUUACUGCAGAAUGUGUCGUUCUCCAUUGUUCAACUCACUGGCUCUGUUAAGGUCCGUAGUUAAUAUAAAAAAACAUUAAACAAAGACAGAAGGCAUUAAGACUAAGUCGUCACGCCAGAAGCUGCUCCAAAUUAAAAUGUAUGGAAUUUAUCACCACAUGUGACGUUUCAGGCCCCUAACCCUGCAUCAGUCAUGUCUAAAGUUCAUAGUUAAAUCAGUGUCUUCUACUGAUUUUGAGAAACCUGCUGCAGAAUCCAUCUGAAAUAAUAAAUACAUUUACGUUUAAUAUACACAUAUAUCAUACAACUGGACUAUGAUCUGACAGUUUAACAACCUGUUGUUGAUAAAUGUCUUGAAGAGAGAACAGAAAGGCUGGGCGUGGCUUUGGGCGAGGUUUGUCCCCGUUAUCGUCAUCAUUAAGAGCAUGAGAGGCCUCGAACAGUAAAACUUCAACCCUUUGAAGUCUUGGAUAAGAUCCAUGAUAAAGACCUGGGGUAUUAAUACUCAUGAGAUUGUAUCAUCUUUAAAGAAAGAACUGAAUGUCAAAUUAGUUAAUGUUUCUAUAGAGAUAAAAAAUAAAUACGUGCAGAUUUAAAUCCUUCAGCUUGUGUCAGCUUAAAAGUGACCUAAGAAAAUAAAUAUAAGAAACAAUAACAAAGAAACUACGUCACUAAAAUGAUUUAAUAAGGAAUUCAAUAAAUAAACAGAUGAGUACGAUUUUAGGUUGUGAUUUCUGACAGUCAGUUCAGUCAUUUCUGCUUGAAUCUUUGUUUUUGCAUCGUUCUUAUUUAUGUUUGAUUCGUUCCUUCUUUCUGGUUGAAUCUGCUUUUGACGAGCACUCAGCACAGCUUUAUGACACCCGUACAGAAAACCAACAGCACCUGUCCCAAACACAAACUCAACAUCUUUAAAAGUAAAAGAGAGAUACGUUUAGUGUGAUAUUCAAAACUCAAUACUAUUUAAAGGUUCAAUAUGUCGAAUUUUAUGACAAUGUUUACAUUACAAUAUCUAAAUGAAUGAAAAAUGGACUAAACCUGUUAUAUUCAUUUUUUUGU